AUGGCUUUUCGCGACAAUCGCCGCUCGUCUAUUAUCGACUCGGUCUUGAUCCAAUCGCCCACAUUUCCAGAGUCAUGGAGCGAGCUUUCUGAGUCGCAGGACACUCAGCCUGCCGAGGGGUCGGAUGAAUAUCCCAGUAAGAUAGUAGAAGAAGGAUACGGAAAAAGUGAUAAUGAUGCCACGGCUAUGGGUCAACUUGAUGGCCAGCAUCUGCACGCUCAAGAAGAGAACAUCCAGCAAUACGAAUGCUCUUAUCAGAAACCAAGCAGCGUGAAGGACAUGCCUGCAGGUUCAAACAGGGGAUCGUGGGCGACUGCAUAUACCAAUUUCUCGACUUUCCGUUCGCAGCGACAAAGCAUAUCCGAUUCGCGGUUCUCAAAGCUAUCAGCUGGACUGUCGUGGCGCACAGCUCGGUCAACCAUGUCCCAGGACGUCGGGUCGAAGACAGGAAGUUUCUACAGCGCAACAUCAAGUGUAGUAGGGAUCGCACCGCCCUCCGAAAAGACCACUUCCGAUAGCACAUGGAUGGAACACAUCCGGUCCCUGAAGCUUGUGCUCGCUCCGUCGUUGGAACAAGACUGGUCGGGCCGAGGCCAACAUGCUGAAUUUGACUCGGAAGAAGAAGUGCCCCUUCAGGUGGAGUCAGUCCUUGGAUAUGGGACCGCCUUGGUGGAAAGCGUCCGGUGCCGAAGAAUACGACUUGCAAGGAAAACGAUCAAUUGUUCAUUCCGCCUGCGGAAAGAAGAUGCGGUUAAAGAGGUUGCACAUCUCCAACGUCUACACCAUACUCAUAUUAUCCAGGUGGUAGGGACUUAUAUCUGCGGGCGCAAAUUGUCGAUCCUGCUAUAUCCUGUGGCAGAGUACACACUGGAUAUAUUCAUGCUCAAAGUACGCACCUCUUCGAUCGUGGACAAACUGCAACUCGGCGCGCAAAGAAACAUUCCAACAGAAGCGGAAAGAUCGUUUGAAACCUUCUUCUCAUGCUUAGGUAGAGCCAUGGCUUUCGUACAUAAAAACUUGGUCAAGCACAUGGACAUCAAGCCUACGAACAUCUUGGUGAAAAGAAAUUCAGAGAAGACACUCAUACCCUUCCAAACCUUCAAGAUCAUCAUCGCGGACUUUGGCGUAUCUCGUUCCUACUCGUCAAUAACGGAGGUCUGCACAGAGUCCCCUACUAGCUUCACUAGAACAUACGCAGCACCUGAGGUGAUCGAGCAGGCUCCACGCGACUUCUCCGCCGACAUGUUCUCACUUGGCUGCGUGUUCGUCGAAAUGCUGGCCACUCUGGAACGAUGUUUUCCCCGGCGAUACAUUCUCGGCUGGAUGAAGCGACCGUGCAACAUCUUCUCCAAGGCCUGGCUCAGAGAUUUCCAACAGGAGAUGCGUUUAGUCUCAACGGAUACUAUACCAGGUCAGACCCUGACAUCGCACGAAGCCCUAGAGCUACUCCGCAUGAGGAAUCCACAACAGGACAGGUCGUACCACGCCAACGCGAAAGAGAUAAUACGAUGGCUCUCACGCGGCAACGAGCUGGACGAGGAGAAAUUCCUGGUUGAAUACGGCAUGGACGCGAUCCAGAUUCGCCAAUUCGUUGACCUAGUCUGCGCAAUGCUAAGUGACCGGCCUAGUUCAAGGCCGACUUCGUCACAGCUAGAGAACUUUUUCAAGGGCCAGGGCGUCUUUCCGAUUUGCGACUGCGGGCCAGGACCAGAUGCCUACGAGGUCGCGGCCGGGUGA